AUGGCGACGGGAUCAACAAGGUACCUGCGCUAUAUACUGUUUGCUGUUUUCGGCAUCGCCAUCCUCUACUUCAUCUCUACCUCAUCGUUACCCUCCUACGCGCAGCCUCUUACGUCAGGAGGUAAAUUCUCCUGGGAUUCACCCAGUGAUGACUCGUCCUCUUCCAAGCCUAAAGAAGCAUCAGAUGCAGUCUCGCCUCCGAAGCAAUCGUCGCCGGCCUCGGGAGAAACCAGACCGUUGCAAUCUAUGACACCUAAUAUUACUCCUGCCGUACCCUCCGAAUUGUCUCCACCAGCGCCGGGCGAGCGUGUGAAUGCUACAUUUGUAACAUUGGCAAGAAACUCGGAUCUGUGGGAGAUUGCCCGCUCCAUUCGACAGGUGGAGGAUAGAUUCAACAGGAAUUAUAACUACGACUGGGUGUUUCUGAACGAUAAACCAUUCGAUGACCAGUUCAAGAAAAUCACCUCAUCUCUGGUGUCUGGAAAGACGCACUAUGGCGAAAUUCCCACAGAGCACUGGUCAUUCCCACCAUGGAUCGAUCAGAAGAAGGCCGAGGCUGUCCGAGAGGAUAUGCGUCGCAGAAGGAUCAUCUAUGGCGACUCCAUCAGUUACCGCCAUAUGUGUCGAUUCGAGUCUGGCUUUUUCUUCCGUCACCCACUGAUGCAACAGUUUGAGUAUUACUGGAGAGUCGAACCAAGCGUCGAGCUGUUCUGUGAUGUCCACUAUGACCCAUUCCGCUUCAUGAAGGACAACAAGAAAAAGUACAGCUUUGUGCUGAGCUUGUACGAAUAUGUUGAAACGAUUCCGACCCUCUGGGAUAGUGUCAAAAAGUUCAUCAAAGCCCAUCCUGAACACAUCUCCCCCGAUAAUUCCAUGUCUUUCCUGAGUGACGACGGUGGUGAGACCUACAACAAGUGCCAUUUCUGGUCCAACUUCGAAAUUGGUAACCUUGAUUGGCUUCGAUCGCAAGCCUACCAGGACUUUUUCGAAUCUCUUGACAAGGAUGGCGGUUUCUUCUAUGAGCGUUGGGGGGAUGCCCCUGUGCACUCCAUCGCCGCUGCCCUACUCCUCCGCAAGGAGGAAAUUCACUUCUUCAACGAUAUCGCCUAUUACCACGUCCCCUUUACUCACUGCCCAACUGGGGAGGAUCUUCGCUUGAAGCUCCGCUGUCACUGCAAUCCUCAAGACAAUUUUGAUUGGAAGGGUUAUAGUUGCACGUCUCGAUACUUUGACCUGAAUAAAAUAGCCAAACCCGAGGGUUGGAUGGAUCAAGUAUGA